GAAGAAUCAGUCUCCUUUCUUCCCGUUUCUUCUCCGCUCUUGCCAUUUGUAAAGGCUGGUCCAGCUCUUUCUAAAAACGUGCAUCUGCGUUCGCGGAGGGAUACUUUGCAUCCUUUCAUGUGUGUAGAGGGUCUGUUUUUGCUACUGCUACUGGCACCGCUGCCUGCCUGCCUGCCUGCCCGCCCGAUAUAGCCAAGCGGCGAUAGGCGCUUGCCGUCAGUCGGUGAGCGGCGCUGCUCGGCUUUCCGGGCUGGGGUUGAUGUGAGUGUAUAUGGCUCUGCGCGGGCGCGCGCGCGCGCUUGAUUGAAGGGUAGACUUGUACGCGAAGAGGAGACGCAGGAGCAGGCAAAGCGGCGGCAAAGUAAGCCGCAAGAGCUGGCUUUUCCUAGGCUCAGCACCCUCGCUUAACUUGGGAACUGUCCACCAGUGUGAGCUCCUGAAAAAAUGAACCUGCCGGUGCUCUACCUGUUCGGAUUGUUUCUCAGUAGCGGGCAAGCACUUCAAGUGUCAAUUUCCCUCAGCAAGGUAGAAGUCAGUGUGGGUGUGUCAAAAUUCUUCACUUGUACAGUAAUAGGUGAACCUGAGAGUAUAGAUUGGUAUAAUCCACAAGGAGAAAAGAUCAUUUCUAAUCAGAGAGUGAUGGUGCAGAAAGAAGGUGUAAGAUCACGAUUAACCAUUUACAAUGCCAAUGUGGAAGAUGCGGGAAUAUACAGGUGUCAAGCAACUGAUUCUUCAGGAUUUAGUCAAGAAGCUACUGUUGUUUUGGAAAUUUACCAAAAGCUCACAUUCCAGGAUGUCUCAUCACCUCAAGAAUUUGUACAGGGGGAAGAUGUACAAGUCAUUUGCCAUGUGAUCAGUUCACCUGCACCUAUUGUCAGCUGGUUAUAUCAAAAUGAGGAAGUCUCAAAUAUUGCUGACAAUAGAUUUGCCAUGUUGCCAAACAACAAUCUUCAAAUUCUUAAAAUUAAUAAAAGUGAUGAAGGAGUAUACAGAUGUGAAGGAAGAGUCGAAGCUAGAGGAGAAAUUGACUUUCGGGAUAUAAUUGUAAUUGUAAAUGUUCCGCCAAUCAUUACUUUGCUUCAGAAGUCCUUUAAUGCUACAGCAGAUCGUGGAGAGGCAGUUACUUUGUUCUGUAAAGCUACUGGUUCUCCUGAACCUGAAAUCAACUGGUACAGAAAGGGCAAACGUAUUGAGGAAAGUGAUAAAUAUACAUUAAGAGGCAGGAAUAUGGAACUAACCAUAAAAGAUAUAAAAAAUGUUGAUUCUGGUCCCUAUAUUUGUGAAGCAAGAAAUAAAGCAGGAAGAGUGACAAAUCAGACUUUCAUGCAAGUUUUUGUACAGCCUCAAAUAAUACAACUUAAAAAUGAAACCACCUUUGAAAAUGGUCAAGCCACUCUGAUAUGUGAAGCAGAAGGAGAACCAGUUCCUGAAAUUACUUGGAAAAGAGCUGUUGAUGGAAUAACAUUUUCUGAAGGUGAAAAGAAUCCAGAUGGUCGAAUAGAAGUCAAGGGACAAUAUGGAAGAUCGUCACUACACAUUAAAGAUGUGAAAUUGACAGAUUCGGGGAGAUAUGACUGUGAAGCUGCAAGUAGAAUUGGAGGACAUCAAAAGAGCAUGUAUCUUGAUAUUGAAUAUGCGCCAAUCUUUGUGUCAAAUCAAACAAUUUAUUAUUCUUGGGAAGGAAAUCCCAUCAACAUAAGUUGUGAUGUUCUGUCCAAUCCAGCAGCAUCUCUGCAGUGGAGAAGAGGAAAAUUGGUUUUACCUGUAGAAAAUACAAUUCAUUUAAAGACUCAUAGUAGUGAAAACAAAUUGAUAUUAGAGAUUGCUCCCACAUCAGACAUUGACUUUGGACAUUACAACUGUACAGCCACAAAUAGAAUAGGGAAAAGAUAUCAGGAAUAUAUCCUAGCCUUGGCUGAUGUACCAUCCAGUCCACAUGGAGUUAAAAUUGUAGAUGUAUCACAGACUUUUGCUAAAGUAUCUUUUAAUAAACCAGAUUCUCAUGGAGGUGUCCCGAUUCAUCAUUACCAAGUGGAUGUAAAAGAAGUCACUUCAGAAACAUGGAAAGUUGUUCUUUCACAUGCAGUUCAGACUAUGGUUAUUCUCAGUAAUCUGGAACCAAAUACAACAUACGAAAUAAAAGUUGCUGCUGUAAAUGGAAAAGGGCAAGGAGAAUAUAGUAAAAUUGAGAUAUUUCAGACUUUACCAGUUCGUGAACCAAGUCCUCCAUCAAUUCAUGGACAACCAGGUAGUGGAAAAAGCUUUAAACUUAGCAUAACAAAACAAGAUGAUGGAGGAGCACCUAUUUUAGAAUAUAUUGUAAAAUAUAGAAGUAAAGAUAAGGAAGAGCAAUGGCAAGAAAAAAAGGUUCAUGGUAAUAAAGACUUCAUUAUUCUUGAGCAUUUGCAGUGGACAAUGGGCUAUGAAGUGCAAAUUACUGCUAUAAACAGACUGGGAUAUUCUGAACCAACUUUAUAUGAGUUCAUCAUGCCACCAAAGCCCAAUAUUAUUACAGGUACUUUGUUUAAUGGACUUGGACUUGGUGCAGUCAUUGGACUGGGUGUAGCUGCUCUUCUGCUAAUACUUGUGGUGACUGACGUCAGCUGCUUCUUUGUACGGCAGUGUGGAUUGCUAAUGUGCAUCACUAGAAGGAUCUGUGGGAAAAAGAGUGGGUCCAGUGGGAAGAGUAAAGAGCUGGAAGAAGGAAAAGCAGCAUAUUUGUGAGUAUUGGUCACAACACUUUGAGAAAAAUAAUAUUUACCAGUAACUUGCAAAUAACAUACAAACUCUAGUAUCUCAAGAGCCGUAAGGAUUGUGCUUCAACAAAUAUUCUCUAACUUUUACUUAAUGUUGUUUACUUUCUGCAGCUCUACCAAAGUUUUGUGACAGAUGGAGUUUGGGAAAUCAGAUGUUACUUUAACAAAAUUCAUAUUUGUAUUUUUAUUCUAUUCAGUCAAAACAACACAAAUUUAUACAGUUGGACAUCUGAAUUCUCUGGACUGUAGUUGUAGAGUAUACUGUGAGCAGAGUAUAUUGAGACAUGUAUCACUAAUAUUUCAAAUAUUAUUUGUAUUACCACAAUUUUAAAAAGGUCAUUGAAC